AUUUUUAUCUUUUUCCAGGCAGCAUGCAUAUAAGUCAAUAGUCACGUUUAGGCUGAGAGCCUCAGUGUGUCUCUUUUUCCUGCUGGUUUUUUAUGGGUGAUAAGUUGACAAAUCCCCAGCAGCAGUAUGUCUCGUGUCAUGUAUGACCUUGACACCUCCAAGGGCCUGAUGCCUCAAAUCCAGGCCCUUAUUGCUCCCCCUGGGAAAAGUUCCAGUCGCAGACCCAAAGAGGAGCCUCAUCCCUAUUUCCGAAGACCUGGGAGAGGACAUAAUCAUGAUAAGUGUGAUGCAUGUGGUGAAGGAGGUGAUAUCAUCUGCUGUGACACCUGUCCUGCAUCCUUUCAUCUACAGUGCACGAAUCCUCCUCUGGAUGAGGACUGCAUUCCCAAAGGGGAAUGGAUGUGUUCCAGAUGCACUGUCAUAGCUGACAAGGAGAAGAAAGGGGAGCCUAUCUUUGUUUUGAAAGGAGGGAGGGUGAUGACCAAGGAUGAGGCUGCAAAUAGAGUAUCAGCCCCAACUUCCUCAUUACGGAGGGAGCGACCAUGUAGAAGUGCUAGAAAUGCAGCUGAUGUGAACUCAUGUAAGAUGAGCAAUGACACCAAUCAUGCCGGGAAGUCUGCUCAACCCAGUGAAAAGGUCAGCAUGAAAAGAGCUGCUCCUCCAGAGAAUGAUCGUACUUCCUGUGCCCCUGUGGCCAAAAUGGCCAAGGUGAACAAUCUCUCCUUCAUCCCCUCUGGGAAAGCCAACUCUGUUCCCAGUGAACCUGGCAAAUCCAAGUCCACAAAACAGAAGCCUGCUGAAGUUGAGGUCAAGCCAUGUCAAAGGACAGUAAAGAUUGUUCAGUUUGAGGAAAAUCAUGAAAGAUACAUUGGUCAGGGGAUUCGUAAAAUAAGACCAGCACUGAAUUGUCUUCUUCGAUUUGUGAAACACAUGGCCAAAUCAGAUUUUGAUCUUCCACAUGAGAUACUUGAAAGUGUUCCAACACGACGGCGGCGGCUCAUGAUCGUCAAAGAGUGCAUCACCUCUGAUGAAAAGUCUUCUGAAAAUCUUCUGGAUCUGAAGUGCAUUUCCCCUUCAACAGAGGAUGCUCCUGUUGAGCCCAAGAAGCGGGAAAAAGAACCCAAGAACAUUUCUUUGUGUAAUGGAGAGGACACAAAGCAUGAUUCAGAUGUCACAGUGUCCCAGUGCAAGGUGCAUCUGUCAAUCUUGACCCUGGAAAGGACUGCAAAAAGAAAUGAUCUCUUGGAGACACCUUCUGAUUCCCCCUCAAGUUCACUUGAAACCAAUGAUGAAGAAUCUAUGAGCUCAAAUGCCAUGCAAGAAGAUAGCAAGAAAGAAUUGAGUGUCAUGAAUGUCCUCAUGGAUGUUAUUGAGAGUGUAGUGGAAUCUUGUGAGAAUGACAGGAGUGAACGGUCAUCCCCUCGUCCAUUUGAGGAAUGGGAUAGGUCCACACUUUCUGAGAUGAGCGACCUAGUAAUGGAAUCUCAUGAUGACUUGCUUGAGGAUGAGGAAGAAGAUGAGUUGAUGGCACAAGACUCAACCUUUAGGGAAGAGCUGGACUUGGUCCUGGAAGACCUAAAGGAUGUGCCUAAUGUGACUGAUGAUGUGAACAAGAUAUGUGGUGUUGCACAGCAGUUCAAUCCCUCAAACUACAAUCUCCCCAAGAGUCUACUGCCAAAUAUGCAUUUCCCUGGAACUGAUGAGGUGCUCUCUAAAAACUCCCGGGCUGGAGGUGGAUUGCGAAAUGUGCUGGAGGUUGACAACAAGGGCCUGGUGCCCUUGCCAGCCAGGCUCUGCUUCAUUUGUCACAGGAGCUGUCGCAAAAGUCCCCUGGUGGCAUGUGACUACUGCCCCCUCCUCUUUCACAUGGAGUGCCUCGAUCCACCACUCACGACCUAUCCAUCAGGACUAUGGAUGUGUCCUGCACAUCCAGAACAGUGGAUUGACUGCAACCUCCUGACAUCAGCAAGAAUCUCAGAGCGCAUUAAGUUAUGGAACAAAUACUCAGGCCCACUUGAUGAGAAUGCAGUGAAGCUGUCCUUCUUACACCGAGUCCAUCAGCAAAACCCUCCGUUCCGGCUGAAGAGGAAGAUUUCCCCUCGCACAAGAUGUGUUGUACCUGAUCCAGUAAAGGAAUACUAUGCCAACCCACCAGUAAUGGAACGAGGACCAGAGCGUCAACCUUUUCCAUGUCCCUUUCGCCCUGAACCUCCAACCUCUCUUGAGCAAGAAGAGUGGUUGAAAGGGGUGAUUUGGCUCCAGAACAGUAUUGUGCAACAUAUGACCUGCCCGCCAGGAAGACAGCCCAAUGACCAAAUCCCUGAACUCCCAAAGAAUGAAACAGAGACAGAAGUGAUGGACUUGGAUGACUCAGGCCCCCCUCUUACAGACACCAGUGACCUCAGCUCAACUUCAAGGAACUCCUCAAACAGGUCUGGGUCGGAUGCGACGAGUGUGACGGCACAAAAACAAUAUGCGGGGAUUCGCUUUCGGAAUAUGGCUUACGAGGACGUAGAAGAUCUCUAUUAUCUGCGUCUCACAUGUGAUUCCCUUGAAGCAGCAAUCUUAGAUCUCCAAACAUCAACUGGGGUAUCGCUGGAGAAUUUGUCUUCAGAUCUGGUGCAAACAUUGGCCAUGCAGAGGCUAAACCAACUAUUGAAGAAGGUUGAGGAGAAGCCAAAUCUUGAUUCCGGCAGAACAAGUUGUCCCCAACCUGAAAGCACAACUGUCUCCUUGCGUGCACGUGCACUUCUCAUUCCCAUCUGCACUACUUAUCUCCCACCAACAGUCAUGUCCUAUAGACACUUCCUUGUUGGCAACAAUCCUGAGUGUGAUCUAUAUUUGGGUCAAUAUGGGCACUGCAACUAUGUGUCAGAGAGGCAUGCCUCCAUCUUUUAUGAUCGAACAUCCUCCCUAUAUGAGCUUGUCAACUACAGUGAAUUUGGUACCAAGGUCAAUGAUGUCCUCUAUAACAGUGGAGUUUCACCUCAAACACGCAAGAAUCAGAAGUCCUCAACUAAGACCCAUCCUGUUGCAGCACAAGUAAAGGAUAUCAUUAGGAAGAAAAUCAAUAACCAACAAAUAAGUGAGGAGGAAUCUUCUAUGGCUGCUCUGGGGAACAGGGUAUUAUAUGCAUGUCGAUGCCAAGGCCCACCAUCAACACAGUUCCGCAAGACUGGGUGGGAGGGCUCAGCUGUGAUGCACCAUGGGAGUGUGGUGCAGUUUGGGUGUCUCUCAUUUGUCUUCUCCAUUCCUGAGACGGAUGGCUGCUCAUGAAAGUUCACCACUCAGGGGCCUCCUCCCGAUAUUCUGUGUACAAAACCAGACAACAAGGAUCCUAGAUCUUUCCUCCUCUGCACGCGCUCGGUUCAUCCUCGUUGUACGGGUGAUGCCUCAUCCCAGAUGUCGCCAAAGCAUGGAAGAAAGAAAUCCCCAGUUUUCACUUUUAGCUGACCCAAACUGAAUCAUGAAUAUAGAUUUUCAUUUUUUUCCUUUUGUAUCAAAUGAAGGCAAUUAAUAUUGAGAUGCAAAAACCUGUAGACUCAAGAAUGCUGUAUGGUGCAUUAUUGCAUGACCUUGUGGAAACACAUUACCAUAUGAUGAUGGUGG